CAAAAAAACAGUUUCCGUUCCUAAUUUGAAAGACACAGAUAUUACCUGUAUUUUGGAAGCAUCAUGUUUAGACAUUAAAUGUUGUGUAGAUGUUGGUAUAUUGGACAAAUCAUUUAUGUACUUUAUAAAGAUUGACCCUUGUAAGUCAACACUGACCAUUGGAAUAGAGAACAUGUGGUUUAAACAAUCUUUGAUAGAAUUUAAAUUUGGAGAGAGAAACGAAUUCUACGUUAAAGGAACAUUAGGAAUGGAAUAUAUAGUUGAAGAAUUACAGAGUAGUAAAGAAUAUUUGGUGUCUGUUAAUAUAAGUGUAUGUUUUGAACCAAACAAAUCUAAAUGCUAUAUACAGAGACCAAUAGCCAAAGAUCUGCUCAUCAGUAAGCCCCAGUGUAACUGGAAUAUGGACUUCAAAACACCAGGUUUUUCAUUAAAAUCUUGGAUGCAAUCAAACCAAUUCAGCAUUCACAAUAAACUUCCUGUGUAUGCUAACUAUCUGUUGAUGGAAAAACUUGGUGUUUCUAAUCACCUUCUUAAACAAUCUUGUCAUCAAAAUAGGAAACUGGAACAAAUGACAGUGAAUAGAUGGAUAGAAGAAUGUCCAUUGACUAUUGUGAAGCCACAGUUACAGAAUGGAGUAACAUGUACACUAACGCACUCAUGUACUGGUGUAGAGUGUUGUCUUGAUGUAGAAUUAAUUGAUAGAUCUAUUUUUUUCAAGCUUGAUCUUGAUCCAUGCAACCAUAUCUUGUUACUCAGCAUUGAAAAUCUUUCAUACAACAUUUCACUGUUUAACUUUGAUUGGGGUCGUGACAUUCGGUUUUCUCUUGAAAAUGUAUUCCGAAUCGACUACUCCAUUUAUGACCUAUCAAGUAGCAGAUUGUUCCAGAUUGAUAUGAACAUAAGUGCUUGUUUUGAAACUACUGGAUCUUGCAUGUUUUCCCAAAGAGUAUUAACAAAGACUCUUCUUGUAAAGAAACCAUGUGAAUGGGUCACAGGUUUUGUAAAUGCCAAUUUUUCAGUGGGAAAGUGGAAAGCAGAUAAUAAUUUACAAGACAAGCAGUAUUUACAUCCAACAGAAAUUUUGAGACUGACAGAAGCCUUAGGAAUCAAACCAUUCCUACAAAAAGACAAAUGUGACAAAUACAGAGAACCUUAUAGCAAAAAUAUACAAGGGUUUAGUUCAGGUUGUAAUGAAGUUUUGCGUACUAUAACCAUACCUCAGGAUGUCGUCUGCCAUGUUGGAGAAUUAUGUACUGAAAUCUCCUGUUGUACAGAAACGGAAAUCAUAGCAAGAACUCUUGAGACUAAACUUAUAAUCGAUCCAUGUGAUUUUAAACUGACAAUAGCCAUUGAGAGAUUACUUUUUGAAGUUGAUUUAUUCCAUUUUGAAUGGGGUCACCAGAAACAGUUUGAUUUGUAUGGAGUCAUGGAAGUUUCUUAA